AUGGACACGAGAAGCAGGGACUACGAAACAUGGGUGAACGAUUUCCUCGCGGAGAUGCGCGACGGAAAGUCCGCUCGCUCGGGCAGCGGUGGAACUGGAGGCAGCGGUGGUGGCGGAAGCGGCGGAGUGGGUGGCCCCAGCGCAGGCCAGGGCACCUACCACGGCAGUGGUGGUCUGUCAUCAGAUGAAAUGGCCCGCAAGAAGAAGGCGAUCCGCGACCUGCAGCACCACCUCAAUCAGGAGCUGGCCGAUCAGGAGGACGAGCAGAAGAAGAACUUUCUCGGCAUUGUCAUCAAUAAGCUCUUUGGCCUGAUCAACAGCAGCGACUUGGUGGACUUGAAGUCGGGCCUCGCACUGAUGUGCAUCAUCCUCGAUGCGCCCUCGCUGCAGAAAAUCAAGAUCAACAUUCAGUCGCCAUUUGUCAAUUACUACCGAAAGGUGAUAAAGAACUUGAAAAAUCUUGACUUGGAGCUCUUUGACCUGAUCGCCUGCGUCGUAGGCAGGCUAGCCCUGAACGCGCCCUCCACGCUAAGCUUUGUCGACUUUGAGAUUAAUCUUGCCAAUGAAAACCUGAGACAGGGCGAACAAAUCAACAUGGCCCAGCGCCACUCGUUCUUACUGAACAUACGCGAACUGGCCAAUGUCGCCCCCUCUUACUUUUUCGGCAAGGUGGAGAUCUUCUUCGACUCCCUCUUCUUCACCCUCAACGAGCCGAAGCUGCGUGAACCGGCCAUCAGCUGCCUCCGCUCUACAUUGGCCGUCAUCGUCGAGCGAGAGCGCCUCUUCUUCCUCCCCGGUCAUCACAACGAGGCCAAACAGUCACGAAUUGACCAGCAGAUACCGCUGUUCUUCUCAAAGUGCUACGUUGAGGUGGUACGCGGCCUGUGUCCCGAGCGGGCGAUUGAGGCGUCGCUUUACCCUUCAUUUAGCGCCUCUUCAUCAGGAGGCUCAACCAGCAGCAAACAGCAGGCAAAAGACCGCGAAGAAAAGGUCCACUCCUCGCUGCUCAUUCUCAACGAGCUUUUUCGCUGCUCGCGCGACUCUUCAGUGCUGCUCAACGACUCUGUCAGUCGUGAGCUGGACUUUCUCUACAUCAACCAGGCGGACUUCAAUGAGACAAACUCCUUCUACCUGACCAAUUACCUUUUCAGUCACUUUGACUACUCCGGUCUUUCUUCAAUGCCACCACUUUCUCUAAGUCAUUCCGUCUCCUCGUCGGCGCUUUCAAGUUCGAGCAAUGUUGCCGACUGCAUCAACUACCUACUAGCUUGUGUGAAGAACAACAACACCAAGUCGCUGGCCUUUAUCUCCUUGGGUCUCUUUGCGCUAGCCGUCAAGGAAGCCGACGAAGGGGACGGCGUCUUCAACACCAGCUACGUUAGUGAGUCAACACUGACCGUCCUUACCAAAAGCUCGGAGCAGUCUUCGCAGACCAAGUCUUCACUGAAGUCCUAUCAGCAGCACCCGAGUCAGGCCUUCGACCAGCACUUGCCGCUCAUUGUUCAGCAAAUCAGGGCGGCCUUCCCCUCGCUGAAGGACGGCCACCUUCACCAGCAGUCAAACUCAAAGAAGCGCUCCGCUCUAAUGCCCGACCCGGCCGUCUUCACUUGUAUUGCCUUUCUGGCGCAGGCCGUUGAUCAAAAAGUUCGCGCGGAUAUCUUUGAACUUCUGCCCGCCAUGUUUGCCCUCGGCUUGACGGAGCCGCUCGUCAACUCACUCUACGACAUCUGCCUCUUCAUUCCUGAGCUGCGCACCGACAUUCACGAGGGCUUGCUGCGGAUGCUCUCGCAGAUCAUCAUGGGAAAGAAGCUAGAGCUGCCCAAAUCUCUGUGCAUCAACCCCCUCAUAACGCACGUGGCCUACCCGCCCAAUGAGGUCUUUGACCUGGCCACGGUGAAGUACGCCCUGAAGGUGCUCGGUCGCUUUGACUUUGCGCCGCAGUUUCUCAUUCACUUUGUGCGCACCUGCGCCGACGUCUACCUGAGUCACGAGAGUAGGGAGAUUCGCCUCGAGGCGGUGCACACCUGCUGUCGCCUGUUGACGCCCUUCCUCGAGCGAACCGCCGCCGCCGCCGGUCGGCACGAGCCGCGCAGCAUCGCCGGCGUCGAGCCGAUCAUCAAGGACGUCCUCAGCAAGCUCAUCAUCGUCGGCAUCACCGACCUGGACAAGUACGUCCGCUACUCGGUGCUCAGUCGGCUGGAGGAGCACUUUGACUACUACCUGGCGCAGGCGGAGAACCUGGAGCUGCUCAUGCUCAGCCUCUACGAUGAGGUCUUUGAGAUUCGCGAGCUGGGCAUCUGCAUCAUGGGCCGCCUGUGCAGCCUCAACCCCGCCUACGUCAUGCCCUACCUGCGCAAGGUGCUCCUGGAGCUGCUCACCGAACUGGAGACCAGCGGCGUGCCAAGGAGCAUGGAGCAGAGCGCGCGAAUGCUGGGCCACCUGCUGGCCGCCACGCCGCGACUCAUUCGCCCCUACACCGAGCCCAUCCUCAAGGUCUUCCUGCCGAAGCUGACUGACCCCUCGCAGGCGGUCACCACGGCCAUCAUGUCGGCCAUUGGCGAGCAGGCCAUCGUCAGCGGCCUGGAGAUGCGCGCCUGGUUCUACGAGCUCUUUCCCAUCAUUCUGGAGGCAGUUCAGGACAGCAGCUCGCUGCAGAAGCGCGAGAUUGCCCUCUGGACGAUGGGUCGGCUGAUUGAGAACUGCGGCUACGUCAUUGAGCCCUACUGGAAGUUCCCCGCCCUCAUGGACAUUCUCUUUUCGCUGCUGAAGCUGGAAAACUCAAAGCAGUCGGCGCUCAUUCGCCGCGAGACGAUGCGCGUUCUCGGCCUGCUCGGAGCGGUCGACCCGUACCGGCACAAGAUCCACCUGGGCGUCAUCGACCUGUCCGGCGAGUCGCUGAUCAGCUGUGAUCCGGCGGAGGAGGCGGAGAUCAACAUCCACGAGAUGCUCUCCAACAUUUCAGGGAACUUUGAUGAGUUCUACUGCGCGCAGGCCAUCAACACGCUGGUGAUGGUGAUGAAGGACACGACGGCCACUGCGCAGCACACCAUGGCCGUCCAGGCGGUCUACUUCAUCUUCAGCGUGCUCAAGCUGCGCUCUGUGCCCUACCUGCCGCACAUUCUCCCGCCCUUCAUCAACAUCAUUCGCACGGGCGAGUUUCACAUCAAGGAGUACCUGCUGCAGAAGCUGGGGCAGAUUAUCGGCAUUGUGCGGAAGCACAUUCGCGUCUACCUCGAUGACAUCUUCAAGGUGCUGCGCGAGCUGUGGACCUCCAAUGAGACCAUUCAGCUGGUGCUCUUUAGCGUCAUCGAGCAGAUUGUCGCCGCGCUGGGGG